UUGUUGUUCCACUUGUGUUUAAUACUUGUGCAAUUUAACAAGAUUACACAACAGUACUUGGUAGAGACUUCUGAUACCACAGGUUGAAGCCAAGAAGCCGUAAGCCAUGACCGAACGUAACAGUAACUGACAGAGUAUUACAGUUCAAAAUCAAUACAGAAGUAAGCUUUCGGAUCGCUCAGAACAACAAAAAUAAAACUACAAUAAUUGUUUUAAGUAACGCUUAUAUAAGAAACUAAAUGCCUUUUUUCUUUUUUUACUUCAGUAUCAUAUCACUGCCUUUGAUAAAAAGGUUGUCUUAGUGAUUAUUGUAGUCCAUGUUUUCAACAGUGCAUUUUUACAACUUCAUAACACAUAAUCUAGAAAAAGAGAGAAAAUACAAUGAUAUUCUUACAUGUUAGUGCAUAAAAUGAAAAGUAAGCAUGCUGUCAGUUAACAUAUAAAGUAUAAGUACAUUGUAAAAAAUAAAAACUUCAUCAAAAAAAUCAGCUGCUGGUCAUUUUAAAGCAGAAUUACACUUCAUUUUGUCAUUUCUCACAUAGACAUUGCAGGACACAGUUGAAGUCAUGCCUCUGGAAUACAUUCAGCUAAAUGUUUGUGAUUCUUUUUCUUAGCUGUUAAACUUGCAAAAGACUGACACAGGUUAUCCACAGGAAGCAGCGUCUCCACAGGUUAAUGGCGUUCUCAUCCAGUGAGAACUAAAUGAGUCACAUAAAGGCUGAAGAAAACAACAGAAGCUGCAUAAAAUAAAAUAAAAUAAAAUAAAAAUGAACCAUAUGUUCAAAUAGGCACAGAUGUCUUUUUCAGUAUUUUGGCUGUUGGUGUUUUGAAGAAUUUAUUUAGCUUUCAAUUAAAAAUCCUCUACAUCUGCUGUAGUGCAAGAACAUAAGAGUUAUACAGUAUGUACGCCUCCUCCUACAUAUUUUACUCUAGUUUGCAUAACCCUGUAUCUUAUUUGCAUGAAAAGUCCUCAUUGUGUUUGACAACUAACCAGGGAAAAGUUCCCAACAUUCUGGGAGAGCUUCUCCUGAUCAUACCAAGACCUGGAAUUAACCGCACUAAGUCACCACAUGUACAAAUAUAACACUAAUAAGACUUUUUAAGAGCUUAAAAAGGUAAAAAGUUAUAUUUUUUCUGACUUCAGUAAGGCCUCAUUUUCCUUCUUCAUCCAGCAUCUUUAAAACUUCACAUUUUUAAAUGUUUCUUCUGCUCCAGCCACAGUCUUUGUCCUGAAUAGGCUUUAUGUUUGGACAAUGCAGUUUACAGAUAAUGUAGGAACAAACAUAAAAAGACAUUAUGCCUGCGUUUCAGAGAUUUGGCAGAUCUCUCAAGCACCAACAGCUACACUUUUCCUCUUCCCCCAGUGCAGGUGUCUGAAGAUGGAGUCAAACACUGACACUGUGUAACGUGCAAACAGGCUGGUCCACUUUACUGCCUCCACAAUCCACUGUGCAGUGCGCCCAACAAACGCCACAAACACUGUGGUGUAGUGUGCCAGCAGCAGCAGGCUCCUGCCAAGCUGUCUGCCCUGGUUGAUGAUGAGGUUGACUCUUUGGUCAUGUCCCGCCAUUUUACAACGUCAAAGAGAUUUCUUCCAGAUGCAGAAAUUAAAAUGUGUUUGUUUGGCUUAAGGGAUCAUUUUUCGUUUCUAGGAUGUGAAUCUUUAUGCAGAUCCUCCCUAGGCAAGAGCAGACGCCUUGAAAUUUGUGGACGGUCCCUUAGAUACGCCGAUCCCAGUUGUCCAAUCAGAGCAGAGGAAGUUUUGUUUCCGGGAAUGUUUGGUGAUGUGGCUAUGCUCUGACAUCCAUCCGAGGAAAUAUACCAAAUAAAAAGCUUUAUCUGGGAAGCACUCUUACGGGUGAGUCAAACGUCCUUUCCAUUAAAGAAUACACCUGUUAUUUGGCUGCAUGAAAGCGCUGUCAUGCACGAAGAAGACAAACUCCACGGAGCAGGUUUGCGGGAAUCCGCUCUUAUUUAGAGUCCUGAGCGUUAGCUAGCUGAGCAGCUUUAGCACACUUACUGUAUGAUGGCAACUACAGGCAGAGUAAACAAACGGACGUUUUCACCGAGUAUCCCGUCCACGACACCGAUUCUUGCUCUUCAAACGUGUCUAUUGUCCUCUAGGAACAUCGCUGUCCGACCGCUUGAAAAGUUUGCCGUCCAUUUUCGCGUUAGCUAGCUUUAAUCUUUGCUGUUCACAAAAAGAGUGACGCAGCCGCAGUGGAGUGUUUCAACGAGUUCGGGGGAAGUCGGUUCCGUCCGGUUCAGAUCGGGACGGGGAGGCUGGGGGGCGUCUGACAAUGUGUUGCUUAGUAACAAGGGGGAACGUGAGAUAGGAGAAGCUAAUUCAUUUGAGCACGACAGAGUUAAAUAUCCUGCAUUGAGUCGACAUGUCAUUUACAGCUAGCCGACAUAUCGAACAAGUUAACGCUCUGUGGAGUUUGUGAAAUUAGUUUUCAACUUUUUGAACAUAGAUAUGACAUUCUAUUUGAUUUUGGAAGUGGUUUCUCCUGAAGCUGCUGCCGUUUUGGCCAGGCCCCCCUUGAAAAAGACUGACCUGGUUAAAUAAAGGUUAGAUAAAUAAAUUAAAAAUAAAACUGGUUAUUGUUCGACCCAUAAAGUGCAAUACAUAGGAAAUAACGUACUAGACAGUCACCUUAAACCAAAGAUAAUCCCACCACAUUAUUGUCCAAUCCUAUGUACACAAAUAAGGUGCAACGCCUUAAAAGUAAAGGGCAAGUACACACAGUUUUCAGUGUGUAGUGGAUAUACAACGGUUAAUACAUCGACUGCAACUUCACUGCAUUACUAAAUGAACCACAAAUUUAUACAACAAGAACAUUAAAUGGCUUAUAAAAUAAAAUCAAUUCUCAUAAGUAUUAUGAUUUUUUUUGUUUUACAAUUUAUAAAGUAAGUAAACUUUAUUUGUACAGCACUUUUCACAGACAAAAAAGUCACAAAGUGCUUCGCAUAGAGAAAAAUAAAAAUGACAUACAAAUAAAAAGGCCAAGACAACGACAUUAAACAGUCAUAGCAGCCCCAAAACAAUGAAACAAAAGCCUGAGCAAAUAAAUAAGUUUUGAAUUGGCUUUUAAAGGAGUCAACAGAGUCAAUUAAGUGCACUGAGAGAGGAAGAUCAUUCCAAUAAAUAGAUUUUUAUGUUCAAAAAUCGAUUUUUUGUCAAAUUUAAGAGUACAUCUUAAAAACUGACUUACAUGUGAUGUGUAUUUUUUUGGGAAAUACGGUUCCUGGAAUAGUCAGUAGACGGUCAUAAUUAUUCAGUCCCAGCCCUAGAGGACAUCAACAAAAGCCUUUAAACAAAGCUUGUAUAGCGUCAUCGUUUGCAAACAGAAAACGUCUUGAGCAAGUGCAGCACAUACUUUGUUGAUAUAUCAGGCGUAAGUAGUGCUAGUUGAGCCUCUAAUUUUUAACUUUUCUCCCUCACAGUGCCAUCCUUAUGUUAAGCCGUCUGGCCACCGUCCUCCAGGAGCUCUCUGGAGAGGAGGGCCCAGAUGGAGACUCACAGGUGAGUGCGCAUAAAUUGGAGUAAAUUAUAAAAAAAAAGGGUUUUGUGACUGGAGCUUAAAACUCAACCUUUAAAAAAUCAGCAGCAGAUUUUAAACACGGUCUGGUUUCAAAGUCUUUAGAUGUUUGUUCCCUCACUUGGAGCAGCAAUUUGGAGCAAAGGGAUAGGAAAGGUUGGCUGUUUCAUGUUUUAAAAAUAAAGAUGGAAAACUUCUAAAGGCUCCCUCUCUGUGCAGAAAUAGGUCAAAGAUAGCUGAAUCUGCCAAGUUGUGCAAGCAUGUAACUCCAGGUAUAAAUAAAAUACAAGUUAAUGGCUGAAAAUAUUAUACAAGCAUGAAUCAACAUUGUUUCAAACUCAAGGUUUAUGGCAAAAAUUUGACUCCUCUUGCCCAAACCAAAAAUGACUCGGAUGACAAAGAGAGUUGUUUUCUUAGUUAAGUUUACUGACCAUGACCAAUAAAUCAACUCUUCCUGUUUCCUCAAACAGGGUAUGUUGGUGCCUCAGCUUCCUGCUGGUGAGGGCCAGGCCUCAGCUGAGUCUGAGGUACCUGAGGAGGCCGUGGAGAGGUUGGCUCACCUCGAACAGCUGGUGGUCCAGCUGAAGGAGCUCAUCCGGGACAAAGACACUCAGUUAAUUCAAAAGGAUGCUGAACUGUCAAACAAAGAUGUACAGCUCAAGGUAAACAGCCUCUGUUAGAGUUUGCUAUGACCGCUACAAAACCAGUUACUAAUUUGUUAGAUGCAAAUGCCUUUUUUUUUUUUGUUGCUUUUUUUUUGCGCAGAGUGAGAAGGAAGAAGCGGAAGCUCGCUUCACCAAACUCAAACUGCAGGCCAAAGCAAAGAUGGCUUCACUCAACAAACAGAUAGCAAAUCUGAAAGGACAAGGAGGAGAACCAACAGUAAGUUUGAAUGAUGGAAAACAGUCUGUGCUGUGACUGAUGGAUUAUUUCAAAUCACUCUCAGUUUGACUUCUGAGACAAAGAUACAUCCGUCCUUAACCAUGAGUGAUCAGUGUCUGGAUCAUCUGUGUGUCUCCUCAGAGUCCAGACAGCUCUUUUACAGGAGCUGGCGCUGCAGUCGAGGAGGAGCUCCAGGACCUGAAGAAGAAGCUGAGCGUGGAGGAAGCGAAAAGCAGAGAGCUUCAGGAGAGACUGCAGACCACAGAACAGGCCCUUCAAGACAAAGAGUCCAUGCAUGCAGAGCAGGUGAGAAGACUGUGUUUAAACUGCAUCUAGACCAACUGCUGACAAAAGACAAAAGUAAAAAUUGUAUGCAGGACCUUCGUCAGAGUAAUGAUUUGUGUUUCUCUUUUCCAGCUGAAGAAGCUGCAGGUUGUGGUGUGUGAGAAGGAUGUGCGUUUUCAGGAGCAGGUCCAGAAACAUGAAGAGGAGCUGCUGAGGGUCUCAUCACAGCAGAACAAUGAUGGCGAACUCCAGCAGGUAGAAGAUCCAGGAGCAUCUGACAUGACUGAUGAUGUAUAAAUGCUGUAGUUUCUUUGCAAGGAUGGCUAAAUGUGAAUAGAAGUGCAAAGUUUGACUACAUUUUACCAAAGCAGAAGACAAGGAGGGUCCCAACUGAGUCAUGAUACGCACAAGGGCCAAUUAUGGAAAAAGCCUGAUUUCCCAGCCAGAGCAACUCUAAAUACAAACAGCUUAGUGUUGUUUGUUACACCAUAAACCCUCAAAUAAAGACCGGCAUUCAAUUUGUGUCUGGACCCCUUAGUAAGACCAAGAUUACAUCCUUAUUAAGUUAAUAUAGACUGGCUCCAUUUAUUCACACUUUCAUAUUUCUAUCAUAGAGGUAGAAUGAAAUGAACAUUCUCAAUGAACACAAAGCAGUUGUGUCGAAAUCAGUCCAAUGAAGCAGAAAAAGUGCAGCCAAAAUUUCCAAAGAAGGAAGACAAUGAAAGUUUUUGGCGGAGAUUGUCUUGUUCACGUGAGGAUGUGUGAAAUUUAACACCUGGACACUGAUUUCCAAAUACACAUUCAGCCUGAGGUGAUCGAUUGGACGAGAGAGAGCUGUCACAGUUCAUCAUGACAGACAUCAUAGAUAUAUAUAUGUGCUGAGAAACACCAGACUAGAUGAUCAAAAGCCCAGGUUGACUGUAAUUUGUUAAUUCGUUAUGUAUUUGAUAACUGAGCUCCCUCAUGUCGUGGUUGAAGUGUGUUAACAUGUUAUUUAAAAGCUCUGACAUGAUCAUGUACUGAGGAAUGAUAUAUUUUUGAUAAUAGAAGGAUAAAAUCAAUUUACAAAUACAAAGGUUUCAUUCUCAUACAAGUCUGCCUUAAAUAAAUACCUGCCACCUUCUGCAGUAAAAACAAAUAGAGGCCCCAGUUUAUAUUUUGGUAUUUAUAGUAUGUACAGUUUGUGUCAUAUCUUGUUUUGUGCGACGACUUGUUGCUUGAACUAGCUUACUAACUAGCUAAAAUAAUUGGAGUUUGCCUCUAUUUUUCUUUAUGGGCUAAACUGACAAAGUGUGUUAGUUUAUGAACCAUCUUGAAGAGGAUAAAACAACCACAACUAAAAGAUAAACCAAAAGUUCAUGAGGUCUUUUCUCUCCUUGUUGUUCCCUCUCUCAGGCUCUACAUGUGGCACAGCGGCGAUGUGAGGAGCUCGAGGAGGCCUUAAACUCUCGAGCCCAAGUCCUGGAAAUGCUGCAGCAAGAAGUGAGCAGCGCUGAUCAGCAGAAACAGGUAGAGAUCCUGUUGUUCUGGAUGCCAUUUAACAAGUGUGUUUACUCAGACUUUGGGAGAUAUUUACAGAUGCUCGGAUGAAUACUUUUCCUGCUUGAUGAAAAGACAACUCCUCAAACAGGCACACCCCGCAGCUCCUCACCAUGUCAUCAUUAGGCAUUGUUUGGAUGAGCCACAUAGCACACACCCACUUAUGUCCUCCUUCCCUUUCUCUUUCUACUCAGAUUUUGACAGCUCAGUUCCGGCAGAUGGAGCAGGAGCUUUCUGAGGCCGUCAGGCAGAGGGAGGAGGAGAGGCAGCAGUGGGCCCAACAAGCGAGCAGGACCGAUGCAGAACUCGCAUCCCUCCGAAGCAGCCUGGAGGCCCUGGAGAGAACAAACAUUGAGGUAGAGAGGCAGCACAGCGAACUGGCUUCACUGAGGGAGGCGGAGCUUGUGAGUCAGGAAGCUCUGGGGAGGGAGAAGAUGGAAGUUGCCAGGUUGGAGAGAGAGCUGGCUCUGAUGAAGGAGGCUGAGCUUGUGAGCCGAGAUGCUUCAGAGAGGGAGAGAGCUGAAAUAAUUCGGCUCGAAAGCGAACUUUCAUCCUUGAGAGAGGCGGGCGACAGUCUCAGCCAGGAGAAGUCAGAGGUGGAGAAGCUCGAGCGAGAGUUGGCUUCACUGAAGGAGGAACACGGCGAUGCCCUGAAGAAGAGCGGAAUCUUGGCCGAAAUCUGGAAACAUCUACGAUCUUUAUCUGAGGAAGAUGUUCAAGCAGCAGAAGAAGAAACCUCCAUCCCUGCUGACCUCUCCAUGUUCAUGGACACGAUGCGCUCCAUUGAGAUGCAACUGAUGAAGCUGAAAGACGAAUGCAGCGAGAGUGAGAAGCAGCGCGCGGAGCUCACCCACACCAUGGAAACCCUUCAGGGUAGGAAAGAUAUCAGGUUGUUUCUGUUAACAUCAGCGUUUUAAUGCCAGAACUGCAGCAUGUCAUCAGAUAUUUGAAUAUUAAUCUGUGAUUUUCAGAACAACUUGAUAGAAAAACCACAGAGCAGGAGGAAACCACAGACAGGAUCCAAGAACUGGAGCAACAGAUUGUUACAGUGAGUAUCAAUAAUCUGAAAACACAUGGUUUAGAAUAUUAAACAACAUGUUAUAAUGUUUUAGUCACAGGAACCUUGAAUAAACUAUACUGCUAUAAGGAAAACAGUCUAUUUAAAGGGUUACAAAAAUCUGUCUCAUGUAUUCAAGUGGGUCAUGUGAGGAUUCAGGUCAUUUGAUCUGUUUGUCUUUAUUGAUUGAGCUGAAGAGAGACGGGGGAACACUCAAAUUUAGACGUGAGUCAAGUUCACAAAGUCAUUCAAGUUUAGUGUCUCACAGACCUGUGGAUCAGUCCUCACUACUCCUGUUGUCAUAAUUGGUGAUACAGCUUAUAAUUGUUCAUCUGCCUCCAGAGUUGGUGUCUCUUUUUAUUUAGUAUCACUUAAAGAGGUGGAAUUAUGUAUUUUUCUUGUCUGACAAAUAAAAUAUAAACUGAAGUAAAGAGGACAAAUGUUCAGAUUCGAGGCAAACUUUAAGAUUAGAUUUCAGGUGAGACUGCAGGCUGCAGCUUCAAAAUGUCUCACAAGCACUAAGCAAGAUCUUACAUGAGAGUUGCUGAGUUUGUUACGUCACUAGUCGAUGACUCCCCCCAAAAGUGCUUGAUAAGCAAAACCUUGAUCCGUCCCUUUCCAAACUCCAGGUCAGAUUUGGUGACCAAAACAUGUUGCUACAUUCAGUAAUUUGUCAUUUUAAAUUAAACAAAGACACCAGGGUUAGUUUAAUAUGUCAACUUUGUAGCAUGGCAACAGCAGAGGAGGCCUCUAGAGUGUUUUAAGGGCCUCAAAGAGACAGCUGCUAAAUGAAGUUUUUCAUGUAGAAGCUUAAAUAAAGGUUUUCAAAGACACUGAUUUGAUAUAAGAAUUUUCAGAGCUGCCAAAGUAUUGAUUUCAUCAUCUAAUUGCACAACACUGUUAAAAAAAUAGUUAAAUUAUGUACUUCUUCUGUUCUGUUACUUUUGAAGAGACCGCACUGUUACAUGGGACAACCGUUGUAAAGAUAUUUACUUUUCCCACUCAGAACAGCUGAAUAGAGACAGAAGCAUAAGGAGAGGAGAGAGGGAGAUGACAUGCAGCAAACCAGAGGACUGAAGUUUCUCUUCACUUGUAGACUUGUACACUCCUCUUUAAAUAUAAUAAUAGAAGACAGAAUUUUAAAAAAUAAAGAUUUUAUAGCAACACAACUUUAAGUUUUACAUAUAUGACUUGCUUUUUCGUGUUUAGGAUGAUGGUGUUGUAUCCGUAUGUUGAACCCUAUUGAACCAAAGUCACCUCAGCCAUCCACUAUAAUCACUCUUCUUUAGAGACCUGCACAGACAUUUGUUCCUUUCCCAACUCAUGACACAUUACUGCAAAGAAUUGCAGAGAGGGUUUUAAAAUAACAGGAACAAGUUUCUGCUCCGUUUUCUGCUCAACAUCAGAUGUUAGCAGCUUGUUGUUUUUUUGUUUUUUUCAGAUGUAAACUUCAAAAGGGAAUCUGAAAUAAGCUCAGUGAUACUUUGACAGUUUUAUCGUCUCUCUGAAGCUUUAAUGUCAAAGUUUGGUGGUGCCUUUGUAAAGAGUUUCUGUUAUGCUGCGUCUCUGUUUAUAUGAUUAAAAGGUGUUGAAAUUUAAGAUGAAUGCCUGGAAGCUUAGUAUAAGCUGAGGUGCAAGAAGUUCACACAGUUCUGUCUACACAUGGAGACAAGCAUGUCAUGUGCACUUUUCCCCUUUCGCUUAAAGUUUGCAGAGUUAACUUUUGAGUGGUGACUCGUCUUAUCCUCUUCACCUAGUCCUGGGACUCACUGGUGUUUGUCCCUGUCAUGUAAGUCAGUCUCAGAGGAGACUGGGUCACAGAGAGACAAUACUCGCACUCAGUGAAAGGAAGCGUGUCUAAUCCGCCCUGUGCUGAUCCACUGUUAUGACCGACUGUCUCAGCACAUUCACCUGCAUGGUUAGGGGAAGGUCAGCUGCUGAUUUGAACUGGGAGAGCAAUCAUACAAGAUCAUAUUUAGCUUUUAUAAGUGUUGUCUCUCUUCGUCUAAACAAAACCCCUCUUGUUAACAAUCAAUCUUACUUGUUUCUGUGUGAUUCAGAUGUCAGAGAGAGUGGACGUGACUGAACAACCAUCACAGGAUUCAUCUGAAGCAAAAACAGGUACAAAAAAGUCACAUGUUGGUCGCCCCCCUAAAAACAGUUGUUUGUUGUGUUGAAGCAAAAUCUGAUUAAGUGGUGGAGACUGUUUACUUGUCUGCCCUGCCAAAGCAAAUAAAAGGACUUUAUGAAGUGUAGAAGGAUAUUUUGUUUAGCAGUGGAGAUAAAGUUGCAGCCACAACUACGUAAUUUUUACUGAAUGUAGCAGUGAUGACAGAAACAUCAAUACUGCAUGAGACAGAGGUGGAUUUAUUUGUAUUUUGAGUAUUUAUAUCAUUGGCUAUAUGGCUACUGUAUUUUUCGCACUAUAAGGCGCACCUGAUUAUAAGACGCACCAUCAAUGAACGUGUCUAUUUUCCUACAUAAGGUGCACCGGAUAAUAAGAUGCACCUGAUUAUAAAGCGCAUUAAUCCAAACAAAACAGUCAGAUGAGUCAAACUUGAUUUAACUCAUUCAAUAACUCCGCGAGGCUACGGUAGCUGCAGUGCUCCGACAAACCAAAAGGAUUUUAAGUGCGCCUUAUAGUGCAAAAAAUACAGUACAUUGACAGAGGUUGAGUGGUUGCCAAAUUUUAGUCACACAUUUACUUUUUCCACUUUUUAAAUGACUUUUUUUUGGUGUUUUAUAUUAUGAAGUGUAGAGUGAAUGAUUUUGAUUUUUGGACUUCUAGCCAAACCAAACAAGGUAACAGAGUGAAAGACAAAUGUAACAUUCACAAGAAUAUCUGUUUUUUGCCCAGUGUUGCAUUAAUAUAAAAAGAGCCUCUGCAGCCCUACAAAGUUGUUCUGAUAAGAGAAGUCCUCAUGAAGUUUUGUCAGAAAAUGAGUUUAAAAAGUUCUGCUUCGAAAAGCGUUCCUUGCAGCACACUCUCUGUAAAGGAGUUUGUUUUUAAUGGACUGAAACUGAAGCUGUUGCUGCUUCUGUCAUUAACAUGUUAAAAACGAAAUGUUUUUCUACAUUUCCUCUAAGUUUGCGUUUCCUGAUUCCUCUCUCCUUUUUCGAUGUCCACAGAGCGCGUACUAGAGCUGGAGCAACAGCUGCUCGAAAAGGACAGCAAGCUCACUGCUCUGCAGGAGUCUCUCAGACUGGCUCAAGAGCACAGCUCCACUCAGACGAUCUCAUGUGAAAAAUGUGAUCACACUCCAGCUCAGGUUCAGGGUGUCCCCCAUGACGGUUCUGCCACCCUCCCUGACUUUACCGAGGAUCCACAGGAGGAGGAGACAACCUUAGUGGCAGAGGACACCUCAGUCCUCUCCAUCUCUGCUGAUAAUGAGAGCAGCCCAGAGCUCAUUGGACACCAGUCUGACUCCCCAGAGGAAUCCAAAGGGACUUCUUCAGAUGAGAUGGUUGCUAGUAGUGACUCAGAGGUGGCUCACAGCAGCUGGACCCUGCUGGAGGCUGUGAACCAAGAUGGAGGUCAGGAAUGGCCCUCCGUCCUGCAGGACUUUGGCCAGCUGCAGCUGCAGUCCUGGGAGGCGACAAGCAUGGAGUCAGAAACCUCCACGGUUCAGGUCGAGUCCUCGUCUAUCAUCAUCAGAGAGACGGUCCAAGUCAAUCUGUCUCAGCAAAGCUCUCUCAUGACAGAAGGUGGCGGAUCCUCUGGGCAGGUCUUUGCUCAGAUCUUAGCUGAGGAACUCCAGAAGAGGUACAGCGAGCUUUUGGCUGAACUCCAGAGACUCAGAGACUCUGUAGCUGAAUCACAGGAGAAAAUCCAGACCCUGGAAGAAGACACGCAAUCCCUUACUGCUGCGAAAGAAGAGGCGGAGACCCAGAGUAAGAGUUUUGCUGAAGAACUAAAGUCUGCGAGAGAGGAAGUGGACAGACUCUCUCAGGACAGCAGCUCAGGGACGGAGAAACACAGCGUUGAAAUGCAGCUCCUGGAAGAACAGAUCGAAAUUUUACAAACCGACAAGGAAACCAAAGAGGAGAAGAUCCAGGCCCUGCAGGCUGAUCUGGAAACGGCUCAGCAAGCUUUCACAGAGCAGGAGGGUCAGGUCAGGAUGCUGAACGCUCAGCUGGAGGACAGGGAGCUCCUCACAUCGGAGCUCGAAAAGAAGCUCCAGGAGAUGGAGACCAGCAUGCUGGAAUACUGUCAGACAUCCGAGAUAAACAACGACACAUUGUCAAAGAAGGACUCUGAGAUCAGCGAGCUCCACCUCCAACUCAGCCAGAAAGAGCAGGAGAUGACGGAGCUGAACGACAGCAUGUCAGCCAAACUCCUCCAAGCUGAGGAGGAGAAGUUCCAGAUCGACGGGGAGGUCAGUAAACUGAAGGAGCAGAUAGUGGAGCUGGAGAAACAGAGAGGAAGUCAUGAAGAGUCGGCAACUGAUGAAAGUGAUGAACUUGUUAGUCUGAGAAAGGAGAAAGGAGCGCUGGAAACCCAACUCGCAGCGACAAAGAGGAAGCUGCAGGCCGCUCUGGUGCAACGCAAAGAGCUUUUGAAGAAGGUCGCUAAUUUUGAGGAGAAACAGAAAGAGGGAGGUCAAACAGCAAAGGAGGAAACUCCGGUAGAAGCGGAGCAACUAAGAGGACAUGAGAUUCAGGAAAUGGAGACUAAAAUCGUCACAUUAGAGCAAGCUUUAAGAUCUAAAGAAGAGGCUUUUGAAGCUCUGGAGCAGAAGGUCAGUCAUCAGGAUCAGGUUCUUGCAGAGACGGUCGCUCUGAAUAAAAGGUUAAGUGAAGACGCUGAAAGAUCUCAGGAGGUCUCUUCUGAAACCACUGCGCUACAGUCUCAGGUGACCUCUCUUGAAGCUGAGUGUGAAUCCCUCCAGAAGAAAGUCCAAGAGGCCCAAGAAUCUCGCAAGGAGACCAUCCGCAAAGCAAAAGAAAAAGAUCGGCACCACCGUGAGCAGCUGAAGCAGCAGAAAGAAGAAUACACCGAGCUGUUUGAGCGCUUUGAGGCGCAGAGUGGCGAGCGGGAAGUCCUUCAGACUAAACUGAGGGACUUGGAAGAAAAAGCGGGCGCCGAAAAGGAAGAUCAGUCACCAAAAGAGACCAGGAAGGCGGCUGAGAUUCUGGAAAAGCAAACCACAGGGGAUUGGGUCCAGGAGGAUUGGGUGGAUUUUGCUUCAUCUGAGACGUAUUCAUCGCCGCCACAGUUAAGUGAUCCAGCUCAACAACCUGUGGAGCAGCCUGAGGUUCUCCCUGCACCUGUGGAGGAGUCUCUGAGAGCUCUCCAAGCAGAGAUCCAGACUGUGAAGAUCGCGAACACGGAACUGGAGAAGCAGCUUCAGGAAACUCAGGUCAGUUUGUCACAGAAAGAGGCCGAAUCUCUCGAACUUGGCAAAGAGCUGCAAGCUUUAAGAGAAAAGGACCGACAGAUCGACGCACUUUCAGAGGAGAUUAUCGAUCUCAAAGAAAAGUACCACCAAGCCGAGUCUUACGCUGAAACCCUGAAAGCUGAGAUGGGAGCAGCAGCCGAAGCCGCGUCUGCAGAUUCCGCAUCCUCCAUCGCUGCCCUCCAGGCUGAAGUGCAGGACUUCAAGCAGUUCCUCGACAACAAGAACCGUGAGAUCGCAGAGCUGAGUCAGCAGCUGAGAGAGCAGAACUCGCUCAUAAGCUCGAUGCAGGACACCGUGUCCGAGAAGGAUCAGCUGAUUUCUUCUUUACAGGAAGAGCUGAAGGCAGAGCAAGAGAAGAGCCAGAGGUUGGAGGUCGAGGUUCCACAGAAGCAAGAGGAAGAAAAAGACAGCGAGGAGAAGAUCCAGCAGCUCCAACGGAAACUCCAGGCCGCUCUCAUCUCUCGCAAAGACGCCUUGAAGGAAAACAAAACCCAGAAGGAGCAGCUGGCGUCGGCUGAAAAAGUCAAGGCCGAGCUGCGGGAGAAAGUGGACUCGGCAGAAGAUGAGCUGGAGAAGCUGAGGGCGGAAAGAGCCCGACUGAUCGAGGAGGUCGACCGGACGUUACUGGAGAACCAAAGCCUGGGCUCGUCCUGCGAGAGCCUCAAACUGGCCAUGGAGGGCGUACUGAGCGAGAAGGAAGCCUGCAAGAGAGACGCGGAGGUGGCGAAAGAGGAGGCCGCCAGAGUGUGCCGAGAAUGGGAGGAGAAGGUUCAGGGCAUGAAGGAGGAAUACGAAACUCUACUCAAGUCCUAUGAAAACGUGAGCGACGAGGCGGAGCGAGUGAGGCGGGUCCUGGAAGCCGCGAGGCAGGAGAGGCAGGAGCUCGCGGCGAAGGUGAGAACGCACGAAGCGGCGAGGCAGGACGCCGAAAGACAAGCAGAGGAGGCGCAGAAAGAGGUGGAUACAGUGAAGGACAAAAUGAGGAAGUUCGCCAAAACAAAGCAGCAGAAAAUCCUGGAGUUAGAGGAGGAGAACGACAAACUGAGGGAGAUGCAGGAAAAGGGCGGAGCAAAACGAGAAAGCAGGACUCUGAACGCACAGGUUCAAAGUCUUCAAGACGAGCUGGGGGCGUUGAAAGCCGAGCUGGACUCCGCUGUGGCAGAAAGAGACGCUUUAGGUCGUCAGAUGGAGGAGCUGAGGGAACAACUUUCACAGGAAAAAGAGAAAGAGGACACCGCUUCUGAGAGCGCUGCUGCUGUUCUUGAAGAAGUUGUUACCGCCCAACAAUCAGAUGUGAUCAUGACCAAAGCUGAGCCCACUGAGAGUCAGAAUGAGGACAAAGAGAAACCUUUAGUCCUUGAGGAGACCCCAGAGGAACCAGGAGAAGCAGAGGGAGCAUCAGAAGAACCUUCAGAAAACACAGAAACGACUGAGAGCGUUCAGGAAGAAGUGAGGACGAGUGUUAAAGCUUCAGUGGAGGAUAAAAUGAGGGAGAUGGAGUCCGCUGUGAAUGCUGAACGGGAGCUGUGGCGUGAGCAGGAGGCUAACCUCAGAGCUGAUCUGGCCUCUCUGGAGCGAGAUCUUCAGGAAAGCAGAGAGAAGGAAAGCCUCCUGGCCUCUUUGGAAACACGCCUUCAAGAGGGCAAAGAGAGAGAGAAGAGCCUGAUUGACGACGGCACAAAGAGGGAAGCUCAGUUCAAGGAGCUCCUGAAGAGCCUCGAGGCCGAGAAAGACAACCUGGAGGAGCGUCUGAUGAACCAGCUCGCCCAGCUCAACGGGAGCAUCGCCGCUUACCAGCAAGAAGCGGCAGAUUACCGGGAGAACCUCGCAGAUCUGCAGCGGGAGGUGGAGAGGUUAGAGAGGGAGCGAGGCGAACUGGAAGCCGAGGCUCGGAGUGAGAGAGACCGGGCGCUCAGGCUGGAGGAGGACUUGAGGCAAGCGCAGAGAGAAAGGGCCGAAGCUGAGGCAGAGUCCGGGAAGCAGAGGGAACUGGAGCAACAGCUCAAGUCCGCACAGAGGGUCAAAGAGGGCAGCCAGAGCCGAGUGCGUCAGCUGGAGGAGCUGCUGAGGGAGAAGCAGCUGGAGGUCCGUCAGCUGCAGAAAGACUCGAUUCAGUAUCAGGAGAGGAUCAGCGAGCUGUGUAGAGACGUCAAAACCCUGCAGCUCGGCAAGGAGGAGGUCGUGAAGAAAUUAGAACAAUCCCAAUCUGAGAUGUUGAAAACUGCAGAAGACCUGAGAAGGACUGAAGAAGACUUGGCCGGCUGCAAAUCUGAGCUGGAAGAGGCUCAGAAGAAGGCGAGCCAGGCUUCAGCUGAGAAAGCAGCUCUUGAACAGAGUGUCCAACAGAAAGAGGCCGCGCUGAAAGCCGAGGCAGAGCAAACGCUCGACUCUGUGAGGUUCAGGCUGGGCGCAGAGCUGAAGGAGAUGGAGCUGAGGCUGGAGGAGGCUUAUACGGAAAGAGAGCGGGAAGAAGAAGCCACUCUGGAGGCGAGAGAGAUCGCCGAAGGAGCUGAGAGACGUGCUCAGGAGAUGCAGGCCCGCUUGGACGAGUCUCUUGCAAGGUUAGCCGCCUUUUCACGCUGCAUGUCCUCACUGCAAGAUGACAGGGACCGAGUUUUGGACGAGGCCAAACAGUGGGAGACUCGCUUUAACAGUUCGCUGCAGAGCAAGGAGGCUGAAGUACGGGAGGCUGAAGCACGGGCCAAGGAUCUGGCAGAACAGCUUCAGAAAGAAACGGCCCUCAAAGAGGAGCUUCAGCUCUCCGUGGACAGGUAAAAACACUUCUCUCUGAAUACGCUAUGUGAUUGGGUUUAAUGUUUAAGCCGCAAAACUGACAAUAUUGUCCUUUCAGACUGGAGAAAGCAGACAAAGAGUGGCAGCUGAGACUCCAAACAGAGGAGAAGAAAGUCACAGAGAUCCAAGCUGCCCUCGAGGAGGAGACCAGCAAGCUUCAGAAGACAACAGCAGAGCUGGAGUCGGCACAGAGUGAAGCUCAGGCUCUGAAAAAUGAGCUUCACAGUCUCAAUCAAAGGAGCAGAGCUUUAGAGGAGGCCGUGGGUCAGCUGCAGGGAGAAGUGGAGCAGGCCAGGACUGAGCUGAAGGAGAGGGAGGCGGAAGAGAGGAGACUGUGUCUGAAUGUGGAGCAGCUAGAGACAGACCUGAGAACCUCAAAGGCUUUGACCGAGGAUCUGCAGACUGAGCUGCAUGAGAAGGAGAAGAGAGAAGUGGAAAUGCUGGGGGAGAAGGAGCACGCUGUUACAGAGGUACUCACGUUUUACCUUCUCUGAACAAGGCUAUGUACAAGUUUAAAACGUGAUAUUUUUGAGAAGUUUCCCAUAUUCAUCUACCCUGUUAUUUCCCAGGCUGCAGAGGAGGCGAGAAAGGAAGCCGACAGCAGGGCGAAGGCAGCAGAGGAGGAGCUGGAGCAGAGAAGAGCUGAACUGCGGGACGUGGAAGAAAAGAUGCGCAAAACCGAGGAGGAGAGCAACACGAGAAAAACCAAAUUAGACUCUUUCACGAAGGCCAUGGGCUCCCUGCAGGACGACAGAGACCGAGUCAUGAACACCUACAAACAGCUGGAGGAGAAACACCUGCAGGUGAGGCUCAAUGAAGAGACUGAGUGAAAUAUUAAUAAAGACAAACGUUGAUAGCUUGGAUAUCAUUGACAACCUGUAAUUUACUGACUGUUGAACAAAUCGACCAAAUCAAACUCUGAGAGUGAAAAACUUUGUUUAGUGAAAAAUUUAUGACUCAUUAAAAUCUGAUGCAAACAACAGCUUUCAAAAAAAAAAGCAACAAAAAAAAAAACAAUGACGUAGAUGUAUUAUGCUAGAAUUAAUAAAUUCAGCUUCUUUGCAGCAGGUUAGUAACAUGACUGUGAGUAAAAAAGGGCGAUCAAGAGAGGCUGAGUUUUUUAGAAGGAGAGACACAGAGAAGUUUGCCACCCUGGAAACAAAUAGUUCAAACUUUAUCUUCAGUACAAAAUAUUAUUAAAAGAUUCAGACAAUCUGUAGGAACAAAAGAGACAAGGCAGAGUACCAAUACUGGAUGGGUGUUAUGUAGGCCUUACUGCCUCCAGUAAAAUCAUUCAUGUGAAUGAAAUACGUGUCUCUACAAGUCUAUGCAAAGAUGUGAUUUGAUGCUCCUACGACUCUGGUGGCACGAAAGACACGAAUUGGGCGAAUCUCAACUUCAGCGGAUUUUCGCGAUAACCGAUCAAAACUGUGGUUAUCGCAAAAAAAGUACUGAAAACAGACGGUUGUUCAGUGGUAUCUAAAAGGUAGGACUAACUGAUGGAGUAGGUGUGUGGGUGCCCCCAAUUAUAUGAUACAUUUUCUUUCAAUUUCCGAAACCGGAAUAAAAAGACGUCUAGAUUCACGUGUUAAGUGAGUAGAUGAUUUUACUUGCGCCUGGUGUGAGCAUAAAAUCAGACAUGUCUCUGAAGUGGAAAUCACUGCAUCGCCUCAAAAUCAAUUCCAAAAACUAAAAUUAAAUGCAUCAUAAUUGUCCAUGACUUUUCUGGGAUCAGUUUUUACUGGAAUUGGAGUCAUAAGAAAUCUGGAUUGUGUUGCAGGUCAUGAUGGAGAAGGACAGUCUGAUCCAGGAGGCCGCAGGGGAGAACAACAGUCUGAAGGAGGAGAUGCGCUCUCUGCUGGUUCAGAGAGAUGAUCUGUACGCUGAAAAGGCCCACCUGUCUGCUCAGCUUCACGGCUAUCGGGACGAACUUAACCAAGUCCUGAGCAUGAAGGACUCUCAACAGAAAAAGCUUCUGGGAGCUCAGCGAGAGCGGAUCGCCACCCUGGAGAGAGAGCGCAAAGAGUUAGAAAAUCAGUUACUGAUGUUCAGUAAAGCCAGAGAGACAGAGGUAGAAGCUGUCAAAGUGGAAAGGGAGACCCUCAGCCAGGCUGUUGAAGCUACGACAGCCUCACAGGUCAUUGAUGCUCCUGGUGCUGAGGUGGAGAAGCUGAGGGAGCAGCUGCAAGCAGCGAGGGAACGAGUGGAAACUUUGGAGGAGACAUUACAGAGUGAGAGACAAGAGCAGGAAAGCAAGAGCAAAGAGCUGGCCGAGCUGCGAUGGGAGGGAGGCGUGAUGCGAACAGAGUCGGAGAGCGCACAGGAGAGGGUGGCGGAGCUGGCACGGGACCUGCUGGCUGUGGAGCAGAAGCUUCUAGAGGAGAGAGAGGUGACAGUGCGGCUAAAAGCAGAGAACGAAUCGUUCUCUAAAGCCAUGGCCUCGCUCCAGGACAGCCGGGAUGAAGCCGUGAACAAGGCCCAGGAAAUGAGCCUGAAGCUGGAGGAGAUGAGCAGGGCGGGCGGCCACACAGCACAAAGCAGCUCAGGAGGUUCCACUGGAGAAGUGUGGGGGCUGAAGAACGCACUACAGGCCCUGCAGAACGACCGUGAGAGACUGGUGAGUAACAUCUCUGACUAAAGAUGCCAAAUAUUUUAGUCAGAUUAACAAAUAACAACUCCCCUGGCAAAAAAUGUCAUAAAUAAUAUGAAUAUGAUAUUUUCUGUAUAUAAUGUGUUUCUUUUCCCACUUUUUAAAUGCAGCUGGAGCAGCUUCAAGCACAGACAUCAGAGAUGAAGAAGCAGAAGUCAGAGCUGGCUCGCCUCGGAGCAGGAGAGCUGAUUAAAGUCAGUCAGGAGCUCUUUGAGGAGAAGAAGAAGAACGAAGACAUGCUGAGUGUCUUAAUGCAGCUGGAGAGUGUGGUGGAAAUGGGCAAGCAGGAAAUCGAAACUCUAAGGUGAGGCACAGAGCCGGUGUUGUGCCGUCUAUCAACAUAAAAUAGAGCAUUUUUUCAUGAGUGUCUUCUGUUUUGUGUGUUUUAGACUGGAGCGCAUCGACUGGAUGGCUCAAGCAGAGCAGCUGAAGCAGCAAACCCUCACCACGCUCUCAGAGAGGGACCAACAACUGCGGCAGCUCACCGCCAUGCUGGAAGAGGCCCGUGCACAUAAGCCCAAACUCCAGCAAGAACACUAUCAAAGAGAGGUAAAUGUUUGCUUUGAUUUUUGACCGUACAAGUUCAGACUCAGAAAAUAGAAGCGGUGUUUAGAGCUGUUUGAAGUCAUUGAGGUUUCUGUGCUUCUUUUUUGGUUGUUCUUUUCAGGCCUGCAGAGUUUGCAGCGGUUUCUUCUUCUUCUUUUAUCUCAUUCUUAAGUUGCAGAAGGCUUAAAAAAGAAACUGCAGCGUUAUGAAAUAGGGUAAGGCUUUUAGCUCCUGAUAUUUAUUCUUUGCCAUCUCAUUAUCCUGCAGGGCACAGAGGAGGUGGACAGCGCUCCUGGAGCCCCACAGGAGCGAAACAGCCUGUUAGACGGACAUGCCUACAUAGCUGAAGUCAAAGAGCUUCAAAGAAGGUAAAACAUGAUCAUACCUGAUUGGAAAAUGUUUCUUCAAGUAGUGUGAUAUCAUACAGAUAUGAACUGGUUUCUGGUUUCUUUUCCUUCCGUAGGCUGGAUGAGGAGAUGCAGCAGCGUGUGUCUGCUGAGGAGCAGCUGAUGGCCGUGCAGGAGCGACUCAGACGGUACCAAAUACGAUACGAGUUAAAGAUGAAUCGAUUUGAAGCAGAGGAAAUGAUACUGCUUUUAAGAUAGAUCUGUUAUCCUAAUUUUCACCUUUUGUUGAUUCAAGCCGUGACAUGUCAGUGGUAGCUUUGCAUGAAUUGCAGCUCAGAAAACUCUAUUAUCUAAGUUAUUCUCAUGUUUGUGAAAACCCUCAUUUCAGCACUUUUCAGCCUUAGCCUAAAAUGUUUCUUUGUGACGAAGUGUUUAGGUUGGAGUUUCUUGAAAUUGACUUUAUCACAGGGUAGAGUUAAUCUCAUCGUAUGUUUAAUUUGCAGACUCAAAUUUGUAGUUUCUACUGUCAUCCAGCAGAUGGUGCCAUUUACCUACAUAAGGGCAGAAGAAGACGGUUAACCAAACUUUUGCUGAUAAACAUUAAAAUUUCCUAGAAAAUGUAAAUACAGAUUUUCUGUCUGGCAUCUGACAUACUGGAAAAAUACAAUAUUCGUUGUUUUAUAUGUUUAUCCACAAGAAAACCAGCGACGUUGAUGUAAUCAUAUAAAAGUCCUUAAAAAAUACAUUUACAUAUUUAUUAGCAAACAGGAUUUAAAUUAGAGGAAAAUCAGGAUGACAGUAUUUAUAUCUAAUAAUUCUCUCUCUUUUGUGUGUACUCUGUGUGAUGUUUAUCUGCUUUUAAAUGAUUUAUAUAGUUUUUUUCUAGCAUUAUGAAUUGGCAGAAUCAACAGAAAAUGACAGCUAACAUGUUUUCAUUAUUACCAGCAGCCACAGCGAGGCUCAAUGGCACUCUGCACAAGACGAGGGCCACUCAGAGACCUCUGUUUUCAUCGAGCCGUCAGAAGGAGCCGUCACUCGAGUAAGGCUCCAAUAACAUCCCAUUCGUCAACCUAAUAGCCGUAAUAAUCGAGACGAACGAGCUGAAUGUUCGCUGUAACCUUGUCUCCCUCGUCUCACAGACUCGGAGAGGUGGCCCGGGUUUGACACGGAUGCUGCGGGUGGCCUUCUGUUCCCGUCAGCGCACCCCUCUGCUGCUCAGCCUCUAUCUGCUCACUGUGCACGUCCUGUUGCUGAUGUGUCUGGGCGGAUACCUUUAAAACCAGCUCCCUUUCCCAAACCUGGAAGACAUGAGGGAAAGAAAGAGAGAAAGGGAGGGUUGAUAAGGAAAGGUGGCACAGACCUAACCCAAGCCAUCAUUAGUUUUACGUUGUUAAAGUAUUAAUCAUAGAGGGUUCAAAUGUUGCACUUUACGAGACUUUACCUUUUAGCCAAAGUAUCGACAACUACACAGAAAGAAAGAUGUUCUUGUUUUAUCUGUUUUACUCCUCUUAGACCGUUGAGGGUAUAUUACACAUUUUUUAAAACCCAAAUGAUGGGAUGAUACAAAGGGACAAGGUUUUGAUUUUCUGUUUAAAAAAAAAAAGAAGUACAAGUACAUUCACAGUGGAGUAUGUCAGCAGGUGGUGUUGUUUACGUGCCUUUAGAUUAGGAUAUUAAAGGGUUUAUUUUGGCGAGGAAGAAGUGAGACAUCUCUUGUGGACCAGGGUCGUUUAAAUGAGACUGAAACGAGUGUACAUGAUGGUUUAAUAUGAUUGCAUGGUUAGCAGGCGGUUAGCUUAGCAUUGAGAGGAAACAGGAAAAGGCCUGGCUCAGUCAAGUUGUUACAAAACAUUUUAGAAGUCAAUAAUCAACCAGUUACACGCUUUUGUUUAAGCUACAGAAGCCCUAAGUGGACAAACAUUUGGUCUUUAAUAUUUGAACCUACAAUAAUGAGUUAUAUUUAGAUUUUUUUCUUGAGGUCUUAAUAUGAUUUACUUGGUGUAACAAACCUGGGUUAGAUAUUGUAACAGAUGAAUUUAUCUGAGAGUGGCUGUGUUUGGGUGUUAUGCAGCAUUCUGUGACCAGACUAUUCUGAGUAUUCUGGUUCAGUCGACCUACGAAGGUCCUCUGAAGUUACAUUGUCCUGGCUAAAGGUAGCCCCUAACAAAAUGUAAAAUUUUCAUCUUUAAUUUGAAUGAAAGUAUUAAAAUUAGACAGAUGUUAAAUAGGGAGUUUUAAAGAUACCAACCUCAUACCAGAGCCAGGCUCGUUCACCCGUUUCCCAGUCUUUGUACAGAGCUUAAGCUUAGUCUCUGCAAAGCUAACUAGCUGAGUGCUGUAGCCGUUUAUUCAGCGGACAGAUAAAAAGUGUGAAAGAUCCUCUUAUCCAAAAAGUCUCAAGUUUUUAAAUACUUUAAUCUGAAUGGCUUGAGGUUUAGGGUGUGCUGUUGUAGUCCAGUCUCCACCUCUUCUUACCAUUUAAUGCACAAAACGAGCACAGUGCAAUUUCUGUUUCUACACAUUCCUAUUCUGUUUCCUUUACUUUUCCUUUUUAAUCACUUUUUUUAAAUAAAAAGAAGCAUUAUAUUAGUACAUGUCCAUAUAUUUGAGCUGUACUGUAAUCGUUAGCUGUAGGGUUUCUCUCUCACAUACUCAGUAAGUUUCCCUGUCUUUGCAUCAGUUGCACACUGAGAUUUUACAGUUAAAUCUUGAGGUUUUAUAGCAGGUGAAGUAGCCAUACAGAGAAAUGUAUCGGCACAGUGAUGAUUCAUUUAGGAGGAAAAAAGUCUGCUGUGUUUUCCAAUAAUUCUCCAUCCAUCAUGAACUAUUCUGAUGUAGCAUAAUUUAUUGUCCAACAGUUGUCAACUUUAUACAUAUAUAACCUUUCCGUUUGUGAUUAUCCGGCUGUUGGUGAAAUGAUUCCUCUUUACUCAUCUAUCACGAUCAUGCUCCUCUUAACAUCUUACACACUGAAAUAUGCUUUUACUGUAAAUAACUGUUAAAAGGGCUGUAUAGAAAAAUAAAAUGUAAUAAAAACGGUGGUUUAGAUCAGGGACUUAUUGUCAAAUAUUAAUAUUCAUUAUUUGGUUGUCUGUGGGGAAGAAGACACUAGGGUCUCUCUUAAGGAUUUUCUUUAAACUGGCCCAUCUCCCGUUUUAUUUGUUCUUUUAUUAAUGCACUAAGUAGUAAAAUCCGUUUUUUCUCCUUAUCAGCUUUGUGUUCACCUGUCAAUAUAUUUGGAAGUAUCUUUUUCUUCAUAUUUCAUCUGAAGGUUGAAACUUCUGUGUUGACUUAUUGGGACAUUUUUUCAAAACACUGUGGUCUUUCUCUUUAGGACAAAAAUUGAUUUACAGACUAAUUUUUUUCUGACACACUUGGUCUCACUAUCACCAUUUCCAGCUUCAAAUAAAAGGACUUUGUAUUCAUUUUGACUUGAAGUCUUCAUAUUGAAGUACUCACAAAGUGGCUUAUAGGUCUACAACAACAAAGAGGUAAAAAGUUACAGAUAUAUGCCGUGGCGGCGAACCCCCACUGCUGCAAAUAAAAAAAGGAAGUCACAACGGAAGUCACUGAUGCAAAAAAAGAAACCGAAGCCUGCGGCAAAUAAAAAAAGAAACGGUGCAGAUAAAAAAGCCACAACGGAAGUUAACGACAGAAAAAAAGUGGUGAUAGGGAAAAAAAAGUUACUUACUGCGAAAAUAAAAUGAUGCAAAUUAAAAAAAAGCCACAACGGAAGUGAGCUGCUGGGGACCAAUAAUGAUGAUGCACCGGUGUUUCACGAUCAAGGCAUAGAAGAUGACGCCGAGAAGAUGAGCAAAGAAGUGAGUGGAAAGGUUAUUGAUUAAUUUCGCUUCGUAAACUUUCUAUGUGUCAUUUGGUUAGGCCAUGUAAUGCUUGAGUCGAUUUGAAGUUGAACUGAAGCUAAUAUAACACCGACAUCCUCCAGAUCAACUUCAUAUCGACUCAGGCGCUACAUAGCCUAACCAAAUGACACAUAGAAAGUUUACGAAGCGAAAUUAAUCAAUAACCUUUCAACGAACUUCUUUGCCCGUCUUUUCCCUGUCAUCUUAGUGCCUAGAUUGUAAAACACUGGUGCAGUAACUUUUUUUGUUUUUUGCAUCACCACUUUUUUUUGCAUCAUUAACUUCCGUUGUGGGUUUUUUCCCCCCUUUUUUAUCUGCACUGUUUCUUUUUUUUUUUAUUUGCAGCAGGGUUUGGUUCUUUUUUUUUGCAUCAGUAACUUCCGUUGUGGUUUCUUUUUAUUUAUUUAUUUUCUGCACCGUUUCUUUUUUUAUUUGCAGUGGGGUUUGGUUCCUUUUAAUGCAUCAGUAACUUCUGCUGUGGUUUUUUUUUUUUCUUUUUUCUUUUUUUUUCUUUGCAGCAGUGACAUUUUUUUUUUUUGCAUUCUUUUUUAUUUGCAGCAGUGGCAGUUCUCGGCCACCGUACAUACAGCUUACAAAACUUCAAAAAACAAUGAUACAUCUUAUUAUACUUGUUUUUGUCCCAUAGCUGUUGUCCAUGAAAGGAAGCCAAAUCAAUUAUAAUUUUACAUUUUAACACUGUGGCUGCAUUAAAGUGCCAAAUCUCUCCCAGGGUUUUCUAUUGUUGAAUCUGUGUUAUUCUGCCCUCAAGUGUUUUAAAACAAGAAUUACAAGCGAAGUUUCGUCUGUACACCAUGCUCGUAAAAAUAAUAAGGCAAUUAUAAAAGACUGUUCGCCUCUGUGUUGGGGCCUAAUUGACAGUUUAAUGAAAAAUCAAGUUGGUUGUAUCAUCUCUCUCAAACUCUCCGCUUACUAUUCAACACCACAGCCUGGUUGUUUUGUCACAUUUCACACUUUGAUGUAAUGUUUCUUUCAUUACAAGUAAAAAAGAACUCUACUAAAUUAGAAGUACACCUAAAAAUCUGAUGCGUGUGAAUAUAUUUUAGUCAUGCUAUCAUUCGAACACACUGACUCCGUUUCUGUCCAUUAGUUGAAGCGAAACGCGCGUUCACGUGU